CGCACCCGUUCCUACAAUUCGUAGAGUCUAAUCUUGUUUAGGCUCAUAGUAUAUCUACCGGUCGCGACACCCCCUUGGCAGUCUAACCUGGAGGCCAUAUAGAACGGGGGAGGAUGAUCCUCACAAAUUUCAUGCGAAAGAAUAUGAAACGGAGGGCGAAGGUGACAAAAUCUUCUGGCAUAGUACCUCCUCCACCGCCGCACCAGUCGCCUACCUCACCUCCACCCGCUCCUCCAGAAGAGAUCUUCGAUAUCCAUGAGAAGUCACCCAAUUCUGGGAUGACAGAAGAUCCACCCUCAGACAGAGAUUCGUCUAUCGAUCAUAGACCUUCUACAUCCGUUUCUUGCACCCGACCAAAUGUGGGAUCUUUGGUCCAGUUGGACUACAACCCAGAGCCUCUGGACAACUGGUUUCCGCAGGAGCUGUUGAACGGAAGGCUUUGUUCCCAUGGUUCUACAUGGAGCCUUCCUAUGGACCCACUGCAAGAAUCACCGAUAGCUGAAACUGCCGGCCUGGAUACUGUGAAGGAGGAUGUAAGCCCGGGUUCUAGUACAUUCCAAGAGGCCGUCACCGCUAAUAUAUCUCACUCUCGGCAGCUAUCUGAUCGCAUGGCACAUUCCGCUUCGAAGAAGUCGAUCCCUGCCCCCAUCUUUAUACCAGAAGUUGAAACUGCUCCUACCGAAGCUCCGACUAGGCGGUCAACAGUGGGUGUCGAAUCUUUGGGGACGAAUCAGCAGCCGGUUUCGAAUACCUCCCCUCCAUCCCCCAUGGAUUCGGAAAAUAUGUCCGCUAUAUCCGGUACCACACUUGCUCGUGCCCUUAUCGGAAACUCGUUCAUUUUAUCGUCGAGUGAUCGAGGAUCGCGAUACCGCAGUGGCAUGACGCGUCAAGAUUCAGCCACUCUUCCUGGUUACGACCAUCUAUUCAUGGAGGUCGCGCUUGCACAUGACUCGAGUCGUGACUCAACUGUAUCCCAUGUGCCUCCCCUGCCUCCAGGCUCAGGAGUACUCCUGCUGGAUCAGGCGAGAAAGUCCGUCGUCCAAGAUAAAGAACAAAAGUCUCCACAUACCAGCGCAUCCACCACGGCGUCCCCACCCUUUGGAGCUUGCUAUGUGUCUCCUGAUAUCAUCAUGCAUUCAGGGCUAUCCAGACGCAUUUCUCGAAUAUCAGAGGUUCCUUCUCCCGUGCCAACAACACCAAUGUCGCCAGAGUCAAUUCGCGAUGCUCAGCCAAUGAAAAGUGGUAGCUCUAUAGCUGCAAGCAGUAUGCUCGCAAGGAUGGAUGAGACUGAUUCGGACGUUCCAAACACUGCUUCUCACACGCCCGCAACGGCUUCAUCAUACCCAUCAUUGCAUCAAACGGGAACGGGCGUGUCAAGCGCUUCUGCCCAAUCAUCAGAAUUUAUCCCUUCUAGUCCAACAGAUGGUUUAGAUGGAUAUCACUUUGUUGAUCCUGAGCCGUCACAGCCUGUUACAUCCAUUAGUUCUGAUGCCAAUGCUCUGCAGACGAAAUCCAGUGAUGCUAGCCUUCGGAAGCGCAGAGUGAGAGCACAGGGAGUAACGCCAUCAUUGAGGGGUGGGAGAAGUUUCAAGAUGUCGGAUGGACGGCCGAGCAGCAUUUUUCAACGCAAUAAAAAACAGAUCAGGCUUCCCAUCGGCGAACGCCCUCGUUCAAUCCUUGUCCCACAAACACCAAUCACUCCUGCAUUGAUUGCCUCUGCUAUCGCGCAGUGUCCCACAGCGCUAUCCCAGUUCCCUCUGAGUCGGACAUUCCUAACACUAGCCCGCUCUCCGGUACAGGGAUCUUUGCACAAAGUCAGCGUGCGGAACGCGCUCUUGGACGCGUAACUGCCAGCCAGGAGUAUGACCUCCUAGAUUACGCUAUCAAUGUGAGCCCCGAUUCGCAGAGUUCAUCGACUUACCCCUCCUCGAGCGCUUCCACUGGGGAACAGACCUUCCCCGAGACUCCAAACAUCUUCACUCCAUUAUUUUCGCCUAGCUUUCCUGUCCCCAUAACAGCACUCCAGCUUCCUGGACGCCCUCAGGCGCCUAGAUCGGCGACCCAUCCUAUACCACAAGUUUUCGUUGGCACAGGCGCGU